AUCUGGGAGCAACCAGGACAGGACAAAGGGCAACCCUUCUAGAGGUUGUCAAAGGACGCCCCAAAGAUGGGAGGACGAGCCUGGAUUGCAGUGUUGCUUCUGGCAGUGGUCAGCGUUCAAGGACUGAUCCGGAUCCCACUGAAGAAGUACCCAUCUGUCCGGAACCGAUUUGGUCGCUCUGGCGUCCCCAUUGCUGAGGUGUUAAGGCGAGGGGGGCUCAAGGCUGGGAAGCCCCCAGGUUCAUCUUUGGUCACCCGGGAGCGUCUCCACAAUUAUAUGGAUGCGCAAUACUAUGGAGACAUCUGCAUUGGAACCCCGAAGCAGUGCUUCAGUGUUGUCUUUGAUACCGGCUCAUCCAAUCUGUGGGUGCCUUCCUCCAAAUGCUGCCUCUUCCAUCUGGCAUGCUGGGUUCACAGCCACUACCGGUCCUUCUUUUCCCGCACUCACAAGUCCAACGACUCCAAAUUUGCAAUUCAUUAUGGAAGCGGCAGCCUCAAGGGGUUCUUGAGUGAGGAUGUGGUUAGGAUAGGUGAUAUGACCAUUCACAACCAAACAUUUGCUGAAGCCACAGAUAUGCCGGGUUUGGUUUUCGUAGCUGCGAAGUUUGACGGCAUCCUGGGACUGGGUUAUCCCUCAAUCUCGGUGAACAACAUCACCCCCGUCUUUGAUAAUAUGAUGAAGCAGAAGAUGCUUGAGAAGAACGUCUUCUCAUUUCAGCUCUGCAGCACUAAAAAAAACACCCCAGAUUCCGGCGGCGGUGAACUCAUCUUUGGAGGGAUCAACCAUGACGCCUAUGAGGGAGAACUGCAUUACAUCCCAGUAUCACGCAAGGCCUACUGGCAGAUCAAAAUGGACAAGAUAAUUGUGGAUAAAAAACCCAAGGAGAAAAGAUGUUGGCCGUGGAAAACGUUGAGCAAGGAUGACUCGACUCAACUAUGCAAGGACGGUUGCCAAGGCAUUGUGGACACCGGCACCUCUCUCAUCACGGGGCCGAGUGCUGACAUCCGGGCUUUGCAUGAGGCUAUUGGAGCAAGCCAUGCCUUUGGAGGGCAGUACUUGCUGGACUGUGACAAGCUCUCGGAGUUACCAAAUGUGACCUUUCAACUAGAUGGCAAACCCUAUACCUUGACCCCAGAGGUAUACACCCUCCAGGUGAGUCAGUCGGGAGUAAGUACGUGCAUCAGUGGGUUCAUGAGUCUUGACAUCCCUAAGCCUGUUGGCCCACUCUGGAUCCUGGGAGAUGUUUUCCUCCGGCAGUAUUACUCUGUCUUUGACCGAGAUCAAGACCGAGUCGGCUUAGCCGUUUCCAAACCAACUGUGUGCGGGGCCAGUUCUGACAAGGAGAAACCUAAAGCAGCAGCUCUUGGCACAGAGGCAACGACUGCGGCUCCAACCACGGAAAGUACCACUCCGUCUGUGGACUGUUAGCUGGAUAGUGCCGUCUGGUGCUGAUGGUGGAAAGAUAAGAAAGAUGAAUAUCAUGACAUAUCCUGAACUUGCCAUUUCUGAAAAUAAUUCAGAUCAAAAAAGAUAAAAGUUUCUAGCCAUGUUGAUCAUGUUGAUCAACUGUUGGCCAUGUUGAUCAACAGAGAAAAUGAUCAACAUGGCCAAUAGAAGUCAGAUUCAGUCCCCAUAUUUGAGUCUCUGAGAUUUUGAUCAGAACUAUCCACAACUUUUCAUGUGGGCUAGAAACUUGACACUUAUAAAAUGAAACAGAGGAGACUUUGAAGCUGCAGUCGGCUCCCAGCCCUGCUGCCCUUGGUUAAAAUGGAACUUAUGCGCAGAGUUCUUAUUCCUGCUGUGAUGUCUUCCACUGCCUGACAUAAGCCGCUUAAUUCUUCUGCUGACGUCUAGCGGAAUUUGCAGCCACACAAUCGAAUAGAACUGAUCAAAGGCAUAUAAUUGAUUUCUUAGAUCAAGUAGCACCAGCAAAUGCCAGGCAGUGUCAUUUUUUAUGAUUUGCAUAAUAUAUUUUUGCUGAUAACAAGGGCCCGAUGGUAAAGCCCAUCAAAGGCCUGGAGCGCAUAUGAGGUGAUCGCAUGGGCUGCAGUUGGGGGCGAAUGUGAUUUUGAGUGUUCUUCUGCUUUAACAAACUCCCUGCAUUGGAAAAGUGCUGGAUUAAAUCCUUCAUUCCUGAUGUGAUCGUCUGCUAUGUGCAGGGAAUUCCUUUACUGGAAUUGCUGUCUUUCACUUGCGUGGUUUGCGAUAAAACCAUCAUGAGCUCAGGAUGCUGGAUUGUAGAAUCAAAUCUUGCAUUCAGGAACUAGGUUAGUUCCAUAAUUAUUUAUUAAACCCUUUCGUUGCUUUUCCGUAUGAAAUGUUCUCAAAGCAACGUACAGUAGGAUAAUCAAGAGUUUCCAUAGUUUUUGUGACGGGGCCGGGAGGAAAUAGGGCUUCAGUUAUGAUGAAUAUUCUGUUUUGACUAACUGCAUGACAUCUGUAAAGCUUUUACUGUCAUUACAUUGUCAUGCUGGAAAUCCAAGCAACAUUUGGCGGAAUGGUGUGCAAUCAUCUUGUCCGUUUCUUCUCUCGUCUCCAACUUCAUGGGGAUGAGGAUGGGGAUACUUUUCUAAUCAUUUUAAAUCCAUUUACGAGUGGCAGCGUGGUAAAUAUUAUAUAGCCGCUUUUCUACUAACUUGGUUACUUUUCUUGAUUGUAGUGUAAUCAUACAAACUGUGUAUUAAUUGAAUGGGAAACUGACAAUACCUCAGGCGUGGUCCAGUGUAUCCCA